AUUUAUAAUUUAUUCAUUUUAAAAAUUAACGGUUAUGCGAUAAUUCAUUGUUUUCAUACCUAGUUAUAGUUCCGAAUUCAGUAGUUACAUUUAAAAUCGAUUAAAAAACAUUAUAAAUAUAUAACAUCAUAUAUAUUUAUAGUUAUUAUAAGCGAGUCGCUGCGUUUAAAACGUGCUUCGAAACUAACGCAGAUGGAAAACGGGCAAACUCCCAAUGAAAAGUACUUGCACGAUUUUACUUACCAUGGAAAGGAAUGUUCGGUCAGUGAAGCGAAAGAGGUCUUAUCCCCGUAUUUGGACGGCAGCGGAUCCGUGGACCUGGAAAAGGACGAUAAUGGCAUCGCCAAAAUCUGCUUAAACAAUCCUCGUCUCAAGAACGCCAUAAAUGUAAAAAUGAUGUCAGACCUAGACGAGAUCACAGACAAAUUGUACCAGUGGACCGAAUGCAAAGGCGCAAUUUUGUAUGGAACUGAUGGGAAUUUCUGUUCUGGAGGAGAUUUGAAAUUAGCAAAAAAAAUGAACAACCCGUCGAACGGAUAUGCGAUGUCUGUUUACAUGGGUCAUAUUCUCGACAAAUUCAAAAAGCUACCCAUUAUUACAGUCGCAUAUAUCGAUGGCACGGGUGCACUUGGCGGUGGCGCCGAAGUGACCACGGCGUGCGAUUACAGGCUGAUGUGCAACGUUGCCGAUACAACAGGCAUAGGGUUCGUUCACUCGAAAAUGGGCAUAGUGCCGGCGUGGGGCUCCACCGGCCGGUUGGUGUCGAUCAUGGGGGGCGCCAAGAAGGUAUUGGACCUAUUGCUGGAGGCCCGGACGCUGGGCGCCGCCGAGGCGAUGGACUUGGGUCUGGUGGACGACACCGUGGCCACUUUGGAGGACGCUGGAGCGUGGCUGUCCGGCAAGAUCAGUAGGGACGUGAACGUGAUCAGGGCCAUCAAGCGCACGGUGCUGUGUUAUGACGACGACGACGAUUCCAAGGCGGAAGCGCGAGAACUGGAGCGCAGGAUAUUUGCGCCACUCUGGGGUGGCACCGCCAAUCAGGCAGCACUCCAACUGCGCCUAAAGCACAACAGAUGAAACCAGUGGCGUGUACAACUCGAAAUUUUUCAAAUGCUAGUCUAAUAUUCCACCCACCCAAAACCCUAUUGAAGCAUUUUCUGUCAUAUUUUUAACUAUACCAACCCGUUGUAGUAAAUAUUUGUAUCCAAUAAUAUAUUUGUACCCAGUCGCCACUCCCUUAAAACUCAGAGGUGACCGCCUCCUGAUUCGCCGUGCCACUGCAGGAUGAAGUGUAAUCGUCUAAUGGAAAAAUAACACACCCCUGUCGUACCUAUUUAUUGCCAUUUUCGUGGCUAUUAUACAUAAUAUAUUAAUAUGAUAAUAUUAUGACGUAAUGUCAACUAAUGUGUAUGGGACAUUUCAAUUUUUCUUUUCUCCAACGGUGAAUAUUUUUCGGAAAAUAUAUUUGUUUUUUAUACUCUUUUACCAUUUA